AUGGAAGGAUUAUAUCAAUGGUCAAUGUCAUGGUACACAUGGAUUGCAUCUUUCUUUUAUCCAAGACAACUACAAAAUCAAAUUGAACAACAAGAUGGACAAGAAGAACAACAACAACAACCACAACAUUCUAUAACUAUAAAUAAUAAUAAUAAUAAUAAUAAUAAUAGCAAUAGCAAUAGCAAUAAUAAUAGUAAUAAUCCAACAACUUCACAACAAAGACCAACUCAACAACAGCAGCAACCACAAUCUCCAACACAACAACAACAAUCAUUAAAUUCAUUUAAAAAUAUAGAUCAAAAACCAACAAUAAGUUUAAAAGAUUAUAAAAAAAAGAUUAAAGAUUAUUUAAAUGAAGAAGGUGAAAUUGAUGAAGAUUUAAUAUAUAGUCAUAUAAUUCAUAAUCUAUCAUUAGAGGAAUCAGAUACAUUAGAGAAACAAUUCAAAGAAAUGCAAAGUAUUCUAUCAAAAGUUGAUAAUGAAAAAAUUAAAUUCUCAAUUGUAAACACUAUCAUUGAACAUUUUAAAAAUGUUUAUUCAAUUCAAUCAAAAGAGAAUUUAAUCAGUUUUUACGCAGUUUUAAUUAGUUUUACUAGCGUUAAUGAAAAUGAUCAAAAGGAAUCAGAGAAUUUUAAAAAAGAGAUCUCAAUGGUAAUCAAAGAUUUACCACCAUCGGUUUUAGGUGAUAUUGCAAAUAGAAAUUCAAGUAGAGUAUUGGUUGAUUUACAUGAAGACGUAUUGGAAAGUUGUCGUUUAGAUAAAUCUCAAAUGAACGUUCAUACAUCUUUAAUCUCUGGUAUCUCCUCUGUGCUCUUUGAUUUCAUUAAUAAUCAUAAACAGUUACCUUCUUCUUCACCUUCUUCAACAAUCAUUAAAAAUGAAUUGAUAGCUGCUCUCCUUCAAAAUUUAUCACCAACCUUUAGAACAAAAUUAUUAUUUCAACAUUUUAUUAUCUAUAAAUUAAUUCAAUCACCACCUGAAUCAAGACAAUCAAUAAUUGAUUAUUUAUUUAGUUAUAAACCACAGGUUAUACUUUCAAUUAAUAAUAAUAAUAAUAACACUACAACGACUACAACUACCACUACCACUACUACAACUUCACCUUAA